AUGUACGUCUUUGAAGAACGGCCCGGAAUUGGAAAUAACGGUCCAAUCGGGUUCGUUGCAUUAACUUACGCCUUCCUUUUCAAUAAUUCCCCAUUCCUUUGCUGGUGUAUUUUCUUUUUCUAUCUGAACUUUCCUUCUUUCAUAUUUCGUUUUUUUUUUAUUGAAACUUUUCAUCCUUUCCGUGUUUCAAUUAUUUUUUUUUACGCACAUAUACAUGUUUAUACUUUUCCUUCUUUCGUAUUUAGUUUCUUUUCCAAUAUAACAAAUUGCCUCCUUUUUCUUUCCUUCUUUCGUAUUUGUUUUUUUUGUUUUUUAUUUGGACUUUCCUUCUUUCGUAUUUCGUUUCAUUUUUUUUUUUUUGUACUUUCCUUCUUUCGUAUUUCGUUUCUUUUUUGUUUUUUUUUUUGUACUUUCCUUUUUCUUUUUUUUUUUUCGUUUCGUAUUUCGUUUUUUUUUAUUUGGACUUUCCUUCUUUCGUAUUUCGUUUUUUUUUUAUUUGGAUUUCCUUCUUUCGUAUUUCGUUUCUUUUUUGCCUUAGACUUUCCUCCUUUCCUAUUUCUUUUUUUUUUUAUUUGGAUUUCCUUCUUUCGUAUUUCGUUUCUUUUUUAUUUGGAUUUCCUUUCGUAUUUUUUUUUUUUUUUUUUUUUUUUUAUUUUUCCUUCUUUCGUAUUUUCGUAUUUCGUUUUUUUUUUGGAUUUCCUUCUUUCCUAUUUCUUUUUUUUUAUUUAUUUCUUUUCGUAUUUUCGUUGUUUUUUUUUACUUGAACUUUCCUUCUUUCGUAUUUCUUUUUAUUUAUUUGGAUUUUCCUUCUUUCCUAUUUUUUUUUUUUUAUUAUUUGGACUUCCCUUCUUUUAUAUUUCGUUUUUUCUUUUAUCUGGGCUUUCAUUCUUUCUUUCUUCGAUUCUGCUCUUCCUUUUCUCAAUUGUCUCGCUAUAUACCAAUCAUUUUCUUUCCUUCCUUCAUUCUUUUUUCAAUCUCUGCUUUCCUUAUACUUUUUCUUCAUUUCUUUCUUUCUCUGUGUCAUUUAUUCAUUUUUUCAAACCUUUUUUAUCUUAUCUAUUUUAUAUUUCUUUGUCGUCUUUUUCUUCGUGUAUUUCUUUAUCAAUCUUUCUUCCUUCUUUAGUUCGUUUUGCUCUCUCUGUCUUUUUCUUUCUUUUUGGGGCCCAACUCUUGCUCUCUCAUUUCUUUUCAUCUUUCUCCUCUUUUAUAUUGUUUUUUUUUUAUCUCUUGUUGCUUCUUUUUACCUCUUUAUUUUUCUUCUUAAUUUUCUUUCUUCCUUUCCUUCUUUUUCAUUCUUCCUUUCCUUCUUUUUUCUUUCUCAAUUUUCUUGUUUUUCUUUCUUCCCUUCUUUUCUUUGGUUGUAUGGAUUUUCUCUUUUUGCGCAUCACCUUCCUCUCGUUUACUUUUCUUCUUUAUUUUUCUUUCUUUGUUUUUCUUUGUAUCUCUACUUCAUUCUUUUCUAUUUCUUUUUCACCCUCCCUUUCUUCCUUUAUUUCUUUCUUUUAUUUUGUCACUACCCACCUCUCUAUUUUCACCUACCUUUCUUUUCUAAUUUUGUUUAAUACUAUUUUUCUUUCUUUUCUUCUUUGUUUUCUUAUUUUCGCAUCCCUCCCUCGUUCUUACCAUCGGGAUACAUUUCUUCGCAUCUAUCUUUUCUACUUUCAUUUCUUCCUCUAUUUUACUUUCUUUUUUCUUACUAUUUGGUACGCUCUUUUCUAUUUUUCUGUCUUCGGUUGUUUUUCUUUCUUUUUAAUCUUCCCAUCUUUUUCUUCUUUGUCUUCAUUUCUUUCUUUCUUUUUCUUUAUUUCCUUUUCUACUUUCUUCCCUUCAUUUCUUCUUCCUUCUCUUCUUUUAUUUCUUCUUUACUUUUUAUUGUUUAUUCUCUUUUCUUCUUCGUCCUCUUUUCUGUUUCUUCUUCCUUUUCUUUUUUCCUUUCUCCCUAUUUUUCUUUCAUAUUUCUCUUUCGUUCUUUCUCCCUUCACUUUAUUCAUUGUUUUCAUUUUCGUUUUUAUUUACUUAAUUUCUUCCUUUUUUUCCUCUUCUCUUUUCAUUUCUUUUCUUUCAUUCUUCCAUUCUUGUAUUCUUUCUUUCCGUUUUUUUUCUUACGUUUUUAGUUCCUUCACCCUAAUCACAAAGUCCCUUACUUUCCUCCGUUGCUUUCUGCAUUUUUUAGUUCUCAGUAUUUUUUCUCAUUCUUCUUCCUUGUUUUCUUUUGUCUUUCCCUUUUCUCUCCUUUUCUUCUUAUUGGGCUUCUUUUUUCCCUUAUUACGUUUUAACGGAUGUGUUUUUUUUUUCUUUUAUGCCAGUUCCGUGAUUCCAUCUAUCUAUCUAUCUAUCUAUCUAUCUAUUUAUCUAUCUAUCUAUCUAUUUAUCUAUCUAUCUAUCUAUCUGAGUCUAUGUUUAUUAUCUGUCUGUCUGACUCUUGUCUAUUUUACAUAUCUAUCUAUCUAUCGCAGUCUAUAUUUACUUAUCUAUCUAUCCAUCUACCUGAGUCUAUUUUUUAUUAUCUAUCUAUCUAUCUAUCUAUCUAUCUAUCUAUCUAUCUAUCUAUCUAUCUAUUAUACUCUAUUCAUAUCUAUCUAUCAUAUCGUGUUCAUAUCUAUCUAUCUAUCUAUCUAUCUAUCUAUCUAUCUAUCUAUCUAUCUAUCUAUCUCAGCCUAUUCAUAUCUAUCUAUCUACCUAUCUAUCUAUAUAUAUAUCUAUAAAUCUCAGUCUAUUCAUAUCUAUCUAUCUAUCUAUCUAUCUAUCUAUCUAUCUAUCUAUCUCAUUCUAUUCAUAUCUAUCUAUCUCACUCUAUUCAGAUCUAUCUCAUUCUAUUCAAAUCUAUCUUAUUAUCUCCAUUAUCUAUAUCAUUCUGUUUCUAUCUAUCUAUCUAUCUAUCUAUCUAUCUAUCUAUCUAUCUAUCACGUUAUGUCCAUUAUCUAUCUAUCUAUCUAUCUAUCUAUCUAUCUAUCUCAUUCUAUUCAAUCUAUCUAUCUAUCGUGUCAUAUCUGUUCAUCUAUUCUAUCAUCUAUCUAUCUAUCUAUCUAUCUAUCUAUCUAUCUAUCUAUCUAUCUAUCCCAGUCUAUUUUUACUUAUUUAUCUAUCUAUCUAUCCAUCUAUCUAUCUGAGACUAUUUUUAUUAUCUAUCGAUUUCAAUAUAUUCUGUACUCUCUGUCCAGACUUCCAUCAUUUCCAUUCUCCCUGUCCACACACAAACAGACAUAG